UUGUCAGUAGAAACCAGAACCAGAACCAGGCGCUCAGAGAGGAGUGGAUGUAUGUGGACGGAUGGAGCGACGGGAGGCGUGAGAAUAAAUGCGCUCUUUCAUUUCCAGCAGGGAAACCCGAAAGACACACAUUCAUGCGGACUCCGGCCCCGCGGGACUGAACAGCGAGAGUGGAUCAUGGGUAGGAAGCCAUCGGGAGAAGCAGACGCAUCGGUUCUGCUCCAAGUUUGAGCUGGAACUAUUCGGUCUUCAAAGACGCGCUGCGGGGUCCGGAGGGAUGACGCUCACCGCCGCUGAUUGAUCGAUGAAGACUUGAAAUAUUACAACUAAGACAAAAGCAAAAAUCACAAACAAGAAUAUCUUCAUAUAUCUACCUUUAACAACCCGAUAAUUAGUCUGCAAAUGAACCUGAGUCGAAAUUUGGCGCUAACAUGCGGAGCAUUGUGAGUGGAUUUAACGCAUCUCCAGUGGAAAGAGAAAGCUGAGUAUGUGGUGGAUACAGAAGCGCUGCAGCAGCUCCGGGGAGACCGCUUUGUAAACAGAAGAGGAAAAAGAGGAGGAAGAAGUAGAAAAAAAACCGGACUAAAGGGACUGCUUUCAUUCGGGCUUAUAAAUGGAGCUGCGCAAAUACCUGUUGUGCCUGGAGUUUAUUCUCCUUCUGAAAGGGUUGUGUCAGUGUUUCAACAUAGAUGUGAAACAUCCUCGCGUCUUCACCGGUCCGGAGGACGCCCAGUUUGGCUUCUCUGUCCUACAGCAUGAAGCAGAAGGAGAGAAAUCGAUGCUGGUUGGAGCCCCGUGGGAUGGGCCGCCCAACAACAGGAAAGGAGACGUGUAUAAAUGUGUGGUGGGGGAGGAGAAAAACUCAAACUGUAGCAAAGUAAACCUUGGUGAAACUGCUCUUCGUAAUGUUUCUAAAAACCUGAGGAACUCUCACCUGGGAAUGACCCUCACACCGGACUCACCUGAUGGAUUUUUGGCGUGUGCCCCUCUGUGGUCGCAGGAGUGUGGGACGUCGAUGUUCAGCACCGGCAUCUGCGCCUCUGUUGGCAAUGACUUGGAACCGAGAGGCACCAUCGCUCCAACCGAGCAAAAGUGUCAGACCUUCAUGGACAUCGUGAUCGUUGUGGACGGCUCGAACAGCAUCUAUCCCUGGUAUGAAGUCCAGAACUUCCUCAGCAACAUUCUCAGCAAGUUCCACAUCAGCUCGGACCAGAUGCAGGUUGGUAUACUGCAGUACGCAGAAGUAGCAGUCCAUGAGUGGUCUCUGAAGGACUACCAGACCACACAGGAGGUGGUGGAGGCCGCCAAGAACAUCAGCCGACAGGAGGGACGAGAGACACGCACUGCAUACGCCAUCCAAAUGGCCUGCACAGAGGCGUUCAGCGCUGAGCGCGGAGCCAGGGAGGGCGCCACCAAGGUGAUGAUUGUGGUCACAGACGGGGAGUCGCACGACGGGGACGAGCUGCCAGACGCUCUGGAGGAAUGCGAAAGCAGAAACAUCACCAGAUACGCCAUCGCUGUUCUGGGGUAUUACAUCCGCAAACAGCAGGAUCCAGAGACCUUCAUUAAUGAGAUCAAAUACAUCGCCAGUGACCCGGACGACAAGUACUUUUUCAACGUGACCGAUGAAGCUGCGCUGAAUGACAUUGUGGACGCUCUCGGAGAUCGGAUUUUCACUCUUGAAGGUACCCUGGGCUACAACCAAAGCACGUUCCACAUGGAGAUGUCUCAGAUCGGUUUCUCAACGCACACACUGGAUGAUGGCAUUCUGUUUGGGAUCGUGGGCGCCUACGACUGGGACGGAGGGGUGCUGAAGGAAGGGACAAAUGGAGUAAUUAUCCCCCCCAGAGAAGCCUUCGAAAGUGAAUUUCCAUUGGAGCUCAAAAAUCACGCUGCUUAUUUAGGGUACACCGUGUCAUCUGUGGUCAUUGGCGACUGGAGGAGGCUGUACGUGGCUGGGGCUCCUCGAUUUAAACACAAAGGCAAAGUGGUUUUGUUUGAACUCCAUGAAAACGGCUAUGUUGACAUCGUGCAGGCUUUGAACGGAGAACAGAUUGGAUCUUACUACGGCAGCGAACUGUGCGGGCUGGAUAUCGACAAAGACGGCAUCACUGACGUCCUUUUGGUCGCCGCUCCCAUGUAUCUCGGCUCAGGAAACAAGGAAGCCGGAAAAGUCUACAUCUACACUCUCAAUGGGGAGGGAAAAUUUAUAUCUAAUGGGACUCUGAAAUCAGACAACAAGUCUCAGGAUGCCAGGUUUGGCUAUUCACUGGCGGCUGCUCCAGAUCUGAACCAUGACGGCUUCACUGACCUGGUGGUUGGAGCUCCGCUGGAGGAUGAGCACAGAGGGGCCAUCUAUGUCUACCAUGGACAUGAUAUUUACAUCAUCCACGACUGCAAACAGCAUAUAUUAGGGUCGUCCAUCUCCCCGUCUCUGCAGUAUUUUGGCCGCAGUGUCAGUGCACGGUUGGACUUGGACGGUGACGAGCUGAUAGAUUUGGCAGUGGGAGCUCAGGGCAGAGCCGUGCUGCUCAGUUCCAGAAGCAUCGUCCAGAUCAAUGUGAGUUUUUCCUUCCAGCCGCACUCCAUUAACGUCAUUCAGAAGACGUGUCAGAGGGGCGGCAGAGAGUCGGCGUGCCUCAACGCCACAGCCUGCUUCACGGCCGUUUCACGCUCACCUGGAUCACACAGCAAUGCUUUUGAUCUUUGGGUGUCAGCCAUGUUGGAUGACAGGAAGUUUUCAGCGCGAGCUCUGUUCGAUGAAAGCUCCCACAGACAGAUGCAGCUUCCAGUGCGAGCGCAAACAAGAAAAACUCUCUGCUACAAGCUGCCUUUCCAUGUAUAUGAUACAGCAGAUUAUAUUCGCCCCAUCAGCUUCUCACUGCGGUUUAAGAUCAACGACACAGAGACGGGUCCCGUGUUGGAUGAAGGCUGGCCAACAAGCGUCAAGAAAUCUAUACCGUUUUUCAAAGACUGCGGCGAAGACGACGUUUGCACAACAGAUCUGGUCUUGCAGGCGCACCUGGACAUCUCUGGCACAAGGCAGAAGCCUUAUGUGAUUCGCAGCCCUCGUAGGCGUCUGGCGGUGGAGGUGCAGCUCGAGAACAGGCUGGAAAAUGCCUACAACACUAGCCUGAAGCUGCACUACUCACGCAACCUCCACUUCUCCAGCAUCAGCAUCAAAGAGAAUGCCAACUUCAAGAUCGAGUGUACCGCUCUUGGCUCAAACAGCCACUCGUGUAACGUCAGCUACCCAGUGUUUCGCUCUCAUUCGAAGGUGAAUUUUAUGUUGGAGUUUGAAUUCAGCUGUACCUCUUUGCAUAAUCGGGUACAAAUGAAGCUCAGUGCUACCAGUGACAGCAGUGAGAGAGAGGAAACUCUGGGGGACAACAGCGUUCAGCUGCAGACUUUCGUGCAAUAUGAGCCAGAUCUGUUUAUUAGCAGUGAGUCUAACCUGAACCGCUACGAGGUCCAUCCCACACGGACAGCAUCAGAAGCAAUGGGUCCAGAGUUCUACACAUACAUCAGGCUGCUGAACGUCGGCUGUUACUCUGUGAGUAAUCUGGAGCUGCGUGUGCUUUUGCCCUCCGUGGCAGCAGAAGACGCAGCCUUCAUGACUGUGACGGAUGUCUUCACGUACAACGCCACAGGAAUAAAGUGCGGAGUGCUGAGUGACGUAACCCAGCUGAAGCCCAGACAGAAAGACGUUCGUCCCCUUCAUCCCGAGAACAUGAUGCAUGAUGAAAUACUGAACUGCAGCCGGUCGUGGUGCACGGAGGUCGUCUGUGAGGUGCAGCAGCUCGGUCAGCAGGCGGUGAUACGAAUCAGCCGCAGAGUUCAUGACGACUUUUUCAGAAAAGUCAAAUAUAAGUCAGUGAGGAUAAUUAGCGCCUACAGUCUCUCAGCUCAGGAGACUAACCUCAUCACUCUGGGAGCAGGAACAGUCCAGGGGGAGACUGUCCUGGAGGUGCUGAAGGGCCGAGCUAUUCCCAUCUCGCUCUGGAUUUUGAUCGGCAGCAUCAUAGGCGGCUUGCUGCUACUAGCGCUCAUUAUAUUCAUACUGUGGAAGCUUGGAUUCUUCACGCGGAAACACAGAGAGGAUGAAAACCAGGAGGACUGAGACAGAGUUUACAAAGACGACGACCACCAGAUGAGCAGAACCUGCCUUCGAACGGGCAACGUGAUGAAGUUCAACUUGAAGAGUUCGACGUGAAUCUCCAGGACCAAAGUCAGCGUCAAAAGGGUCCGACAGAAAUGCACUGCCCGAGAUUUUCAGGGUCAGUAGGGGCAAUUAUGUAAAUUAUCUUUUUUUUUUUU